UGCGCGUCUCGCAAGGGUGCACGGAUUUGUAUGAGGCGAAUAAGGAGAGAGGUGCUUUUGUGAAACGCGGUACGUGAAUGUAACUCAGACGGCGGAUUUCUUCUUCUUCUUCUCCUUCUUCUUCUUCUCCUUCUUCUUCUUUCCCCUCUUUAACCCGGAGUCGCUUGUUUGUGCGCCUUAAAUAGGAUCUGAUUCCUGAAGAAACCCGUUAAAGCGACAUUUGAAGGAGAAGCGACGGAAAGGCAGAGCAAAAGGAUAAUAAAAGAGGGGAAACAGACAGACAGACAGAGAGAGAGAGAGAGAGAGAGAGACGCGUUUCUCCAGGCUUUCCUCAGCCAUUUUGAUUGCACGCGAAGGGGACUGUUUUUGUUUGUUUGUUUGGAAACACGUGACUGGUUGCGUUUUAAUUGCAACGGACAAGUGAGGAGGAAAUGGAGCCACUGUUGGAGAUCUAAACGGACUGGGAUUUAACACACAAACACACACACACACACACACACACACGCACGGACUUGCCAUUUAAAAGCUGAAGGACGCGCAAUCAGACGACGGAUGAUGGAGCGCUACCUGUCGGGCAUCUACCUGCUGCUGGCGCUCUUGACUCUGCGGCGAUCGAGCGGCGCCACGGCCAAGGAGCUGAGCUGCCAGGAGAUCGCCGUGCCGCUGUGCAAGGGCAUCGGCUACAACUACACCUACAUGCCGAACCAGUUCAACCACGACACGCAGGACGAAGCAGGCCUGGAGGUGCACCAGUUCUGGCCGCUGGUGGAGAUUCAGUGCUCGGCAGACCUUCGCUUUUUCCUGUGCAGCAUGUACACACCCAUCUGUCUGGAGGACUACAAGAAGCCGCUGCCGCCGUGCCGCAGCGUGUGCGAGCGCGCCCGGGCCGGCUGCGCGCCUCUCAUGCGCCAGUACGGCUUCCCGUGGCCAGACCGCAUGCGCUGCGAGCUGCUGCCCGUGCAGGGGAACCCGGACACGCUGUGCAUGGACUACAACCGGACGGACGCUACAACCGCCGCGCCGGUGCUCCCGAAACCCACGAGUUACCCGGGAAGGGCGCACGGAAGCGGCCGCGUCGCUAGCGGAGGACACCCCAAGCGCAAACCCGCGCCGCAGCCGUGUGAGGCCGGGUGUCAGUGCCGCGCGCCGAUGGUGCGUGUGAGCAGCGAGCGGCACCCGCUGUACAACCGCGUGAAAACCGGAAGAACGCCGAACUGCGCUAUGCCCUGCCAUAACCCGUUCUUUACCCCAGACGAGCGGGCGUUUACAGCCUUCUGGAUCGGCUUGUGGUCUGUGCUGUGCUUCGUGAGCACUUUCGCCACGGUGGCGACUUUCCUGAUCGACAUGGAACGAUUUAAGUACCCAGAGCGACCCAUCAUCUUCCUGUCCGCGUGCUACAUGUUCGUCUCGGUGGGUUACAUCGUGCGUCUGAUCGCAGGCCACGAAAGAGUCGCCUGCAGCCGGGAACAUGAUGUCGAACACGUCCACUAUGAGACCACAGGACCGGCGCUGUGCACCGUCGUCUUCCUGCUGAUCUACUUCUUCGGCAUGGCCAGCUCCAUAUGGUGGGUGAUCCUGUCCCUCACGUGGUUUCUGGCAGCGGGUAUGAAGUGGGGCAACGAGGCCAUCGCUAGCUACUCACAGUACUUCCACCUGGCCGCAUGGCUCAUCCCGAGCAUGAAGUCCAUAGCUGUCUUGGCGCUGAGCUCGGUGGACGGCGACCCUGUAGCGGGCAUCUGCUAUGUGGGCAACCAGAACCUGGACAACCUGCGGGGCUUCGUGCUCGCACCAUUACUCAUCUACCUGUGCAUCGGAGCCAUGUUUCUGCUCGCCGGGUUCGUGUCGUUGUUUCGCAUCCGCAGUGUCAUCAAGCAGGGUGGCACGAAAACGGACAAGCUCGAGAAACUCAUGAUUCGCAUCGGGGUGUUCACUGUUCUCUAUACAGUGCCCGCUGCUGUCAUAGUGGCCUGCUACUUUUAUGAACAGCACAACCGGCAGCGCUGGGAGGCAGCGCAUAACUGCGCCUGUGCUCUGGACCGUGAGCGCGAUGCAGAAAGGCCCGACUACGCCGUGUUUAUGCUCAAGUACUUCAUGUGCCUGGCUGUGGGCAUCACGUCAGGUGUGUGGGUCUGGUCGGGGAAGACUGUGGAGUCAUGGCGGGCGCUGUGCGCACGCUGCUUCCGCUGCCGCUGGGCGGGCAAGGGUGCGAGCAGCUCGGCGUACAGCGACGUGAGCGCAGGACUGACGUGGCGCUCAGGCACAGCCAGCUCAGUCUCGUGCGCCAAGCAAAUGCCUUUGUCCCGGGUCUAGAUGGGCUCGGCGCAACAGUUCCUGCUUUUUCCACAUACAUUUCCAUACAAAUGGACUGCUGAGGGGUUUCUGUUAAGCGGAAAGACUGGUCGUAACAAUCGAGCCCAUUAUCACCCCUCGUGCGUGAUUUACUUUCUUGCCAUUUCUAUUCAUAUGGACAUGACAUGCAAUCAGUGAUGCUUAGAGAGAAUUAGGCAUUGCAUUGUCCCAAGUGGUGCUGAACGUUUUUCUCCAGUCCUUUAGCAUUUAAACUCAAAGUUUUCUCUUCAACUACUUUUUUUUUUUUUUUUUUUUCCUUUUCUAGAAUGUUUAACAAUCAAAAAUAUCAAAGAUGCUCUCUCAGAUAAGCCUUAAAAAGUCUUAAAAGUUUUAGCGCUCAAAUAUUUCUACGGGUUGUUUUUUUUACGGUAAUGUAUUUAUACAGUUAUGUACAAACGUGUAAAUUUUGUAUAAAAAAAAAAGAAGAAGAAGAUGAUUUAUAAGAUUAUUGUAAAUUUGUACAUAGUGUAGAUGUCAUUUGAAGAAGACAAAUAUUGCUUUUAUUUUGACAAUAAAAUAUUUUGGAGGAAUCUUUAA